AUGCCCGGUGUCGAUUGGAAGAACCUCCCUGAACGCGAGGAAGAUAUCAACUUUGACGAUAUUUAUGAAAAGCAUAGAAUUACUACUGAAAAUGAUUUCGACACCAUUGUCGUUGUAGAUGGCGCACCUAUUGUUGACGAAGCCAAAGAAGAAAAGUUGUUGGCUGUCUUGAACAAGCUCUUCACCAAGGGUGCUGGUGAUAUUAAGGAAAAUGGUAUUUGGAUGCCCAUGACUCCUAACGAAGAAGGAAAGAAGACUAGCUCAGGUUAUCUCUUCAUUGACUUCAAGUCUGCCGAAUCUGCACAUGCUGCUGUCAAGAACUUGGAUGGACACAAGUUGAGUAAGACUGUCACUUUGUCUGUCAACAAAUUCACAGACGUUGAGAAAUACAGUGAUAUGAGUGAAGAAUACGUUGAACCAGAAAUCCCUCCUUACACACCAAAGGAACACUUGAAGAGCGCAUUGAUGGAUCCUCUUGCUCGCGAUCAAUUUGUUAUGUACAGAGGUGAUGAUGUUUCUAUCUUUUGGAACAGAAAGACUGAAGCCCCCGAACAUGUCUACACUAGAACUAACUGGACAGAAACCUAUGUACAAUGGUCACCUAAGGGUACUUAUCUCUCUACAUUCCACACUCAAGGUAUUGCUCUUUGGGGUGGUCCCUCAUGGAACAAGAUUGUUCGAUUUGUUCACCCUGGUGUCAAAUUGAUUGAUUUCUCUCCUAAUGAACGUUACCUUGUUACUUGGUCUAACGAACCUAUCAGCUUGGCUAGAUUGCCUGAAAGCGGUCAUCCUUUCAGCGAAUACGAUGAAGGUAACCAAAUCAUCAUUUGGGAUAUUAAGACUGGUUCUUUGCUCCGUACUUUCCCUCUUGUCCAAACCUCUGGUGAAGAACAAAAGACUGUUCGCUGGCCCAUGUUCAAAUGGUCUGCUUCUGAAAAACACUUUGCUCGUGUUGUUCCUGGCCAACAAUUGUCUAUCUAUGAAGCUCCCUCUAUGGGUUUAGUUGGCAAGAAGUCUGUUAAGAUUCAAGGUAUUGUUGACUUUGAAUGGUCCCCUGCUAAGGGUGAUACUUCUGAUGCCAAGAUCUAUCAAAAAGAAGAAGUGUUGGCUUACUGGACUCCUGAAGUGGGUAACCAACCUGCUCGUGUCUGUAUGAUGUCUGUUCCCUCCAAGGAAGUUAUUGCUACAAAGAACUUGUUCAAUGUCUCAGAAUGUAAGCUUUACUGGCAAAACCAAGGUCACUUCUUGGCUGUCAAGGUUGACCGUCAUACCAAGACUAAGAAGUCUACUUUCUCCAACAUUGAAAUCUUCCGUGUCAAGGAAAAGAACAUUCCUGUUGAAACAAUUGAAAUGAAGGACCCCAUGCUUGCUUUUGCUUGGGAACCUUAUGGCGAAAGAUUUGCUACCAUCACUACCAGUGAUCCUAACUAUGGUGCUACUCCUGCUCAAGGUCAAAACCCUGCUACUAUUAAGACUGAUGUCAAGUUCUUCUACCUUGACACUUCCAAGAAGGCUAAUGCUGGUUUCAAAUUGAUGAAGUCUCUUGAUAAGAAGACUGCUAACUACCUUUUCUGGUCUCCCAAGGGCCACAACAUUGUGUUGGCUACUUUGCGUUCUUCUUCUGUCUUUGAUCUCGAAUUCUACGAUAUUGAUUUUGAACCCCUUUCAAGCGACAAGAAGAACAAGAACGAUGUGGGUGCCAGUGUUCAACUCUUGUCUACACAAGAUCAUUAUGGUGUCAGCGAUGUUGAAUGGGAUCCUACUGGUCGUUAUGUCGUUACUGGUUCCAGUAUGUGGCGUCAUUCUGCUGACCAUGGUUUCUGUAUUUGGGACUUUAAGGGUCAACUCUUGUUCAAGCAAAACAUUGAAAACUUCAAGCAAUUGUUGUGGCGUCCUCGCCCUGAAAGCUUAUUGACUGCUGAACAAAAGAAGAAGAUCAAGAAGAACCUCCGUCAAUAUUCUAAACAAUUCGAUGAAGAAGAUCUCGCUAUUGGUGAUGCUACUGCUGCCAAACUUCAUGCUGAGCGUAGAAAGGCUAUUGAAGAAUGGUAUGCCUGGAGAAAGACUACUGAACGUAAGCUUGAAGAAGAACGUAAGGCCUCAGGCAAGCAAGUUCAAUUGGCUGAUGAAGGCAAGUCUGAAGUGGUUGAAGAAUGGGUGGAAGAAGUCAUUGACGAAAUUGAAGAAAUCAUUGAAUAA